UUCACUGAGGAGAGGAACAGCAGACAGUUGGGAGCAUUUGAAUUGAAAGAGAGAACACACAAUUAUUUGAUAAUUUAGAUAUUUUUCACCACAAUUUCAGCUCUUCACACAUCAUUUGACACAUCUGUAAUUUCAUAAACUACAGAGAGGCCAUAUUUCAAGAGUGGGUGUCUCACUGUCUGCACACUUUUAUGUGUCUGCACUUUCAGCAUGCCCUGGUUUGUGUUAAAAUGCAUGCUGCUGUGUGCGUUGGUGGGAGGGACGGUGUGUGCCUGUACGCUGAAGAAUCACACCUUGUGGAUUGAGAGCAACAACUGUGCCCAGUGUGUGGCUAUCAACACUACCAUCUGCAGCGGCUACUGUUACACACAGGACACCAAUUUGAGGGGACGGUUUGGGAGGACUUUCCUGAUCCAGCGUAGCUGUGUGCCCCACUCCCUGGUGUACCAAGCUGCCUUUGUUCCUGGCUGCCCUCAGGAUGUCAACCCAAAGCUAUAUUAUCCCGUGGCCCACCGUUGCAGCUGUAGGCGCUGUGACACACGCACUCACCACUGUGUCCGCACCAGCCGAAUCUCUUAUGACCAAUGCCCCAUGACACUUGGCAGCUUGAAGAACCUGAACCAGUCUGCUAUGGAAAUCUGACAAUAUGCUGUUACAAGCAACGUGCAUUCCUGGAAAAUGAUGCAGCUGUUAACCUGAUGUUUCUGCUUCUUUAUGUUAUUGUAUUGUAGUUCAGCUCCUUAGCUGUUCAUUUUGGGUUUUUUUUUCUAAUUUGUUAGGAAAUAAAACUCUGUGUUGAGCAUGCA